AUGGGUGGUGAUAGCGAAGAGGGCAAAGAUGAUGGUGAGCUACAAGUGGAGUACCUGGUUGAGCACAACAAGUAUGAUGAUGACAAGUUGGCAAUUCCUUAUGUGACCGAAGGAAGGCAGGAUCAAGACCUUUUGGCCAAGGAGGGCCUCAGAAGAGCCUUCCUGCGAAGAGGACUGCUGCUGCCAAAUCAACCAAUUCCGGGAAGGGUUCCGGCCGUGGCCGCAGUGGAGGCAAAGGUGAUGAUGAGGGGGAAGGUUGCAAGAGAUGGUGUCAUCUUUGUUCCUUUCAUUGGCUGCUACCGCACCGAAACUGGACCUUGGCACAGAGGCGCUUUGGAUGAACCGUCAAAAAAGGGAUUGAAAGAUUAUGACAAAGUGAUGCAGUCACAUGAGGCUGCUGUCAGGAAAGGAAUACAGGAACUGGACAAGGCAACACAAGACUUUCGUGAGGCCUCAGAAAAGAAUGAUGAAGUUCACAAGAAAACGCAAGAAAGAUUGGAGAGAAAGAAGAGAAUUGCUGAGGAAAAAGCAGCUGAAUGCAGAAGGAAGGGGAAGGAAGAAGCAGCAGAUGCUGAAUCUUCGUUGUCUGAUGAGGGUGGGAGUCAGAGUGAGGCUGACAAGGGAAAGAACAAGGAACAGAAGAAAAAGAUUGAUCCACAAUCUGAGUCUGAGUCUGAUUCUUCCUCUUCUAGUGACGCAGGCAAGAAGGAAGCUCCAGGAAAACAUGACACUGAGGAGGAUGAAGGAAAUCAAUUUGAAUAUCCACCUACCUGGCCAGUUCAAGGUCUCGACUUUGAGAAUGACAGUUUUUGGAGCAGUACGGUCAAAGAUUGGUCUGAGUUGGACAAUACCAAGGAUGACUGCUUCAACGAAUGCGUGCGUUUCGGGAACUUUGCCACUGAUGGAGAUGAUCUCAUGUAUGACCCACCCGCAGAUGAGAACGCAUACUACUUUGACUUCACAUCCUGUUUGGGGUAUUCCAAAGACGCUUUCUCGGAAGACAUCAAGAAAAGCAUGGAUUCAGGGGAUUUGUCCUACCUCUUUGCCAGCUAUGAUGUUGACAUCGCAUGCCCUGACUCGGUUCUCAAAGACUGUUCCAAAGAGUUGUUGAGCCAGAUUUCAUUUGGUGGCUUGUCUUUGCAGACUAUUGUGUGUGCUUCCGCAAUCAAAAAGCUCUAUUCCAAGGAGGAGUGGGAGUCUUGCAACUGGAGAAAGGUGUUGGCCACAAGGAACGCUUACUCUGGGCCUGAUUGGACACAAGUGGGUGUCUCGGAGCUGGGUUGGGGGCGCUGCUAUUAUGUCAACGAUGGUGAACAGCUGAUCUUCGGUGCAUCAGUUCAAACUUUGUUGAUGAGCUUCUGCAAAUCGCAUGGGAAGGGCUUGCCAACUGAUGUUGAUGGGGCUGACAUUGAGAUGUUGGGGGAUUACUUUUCUGAGCUCCCUGUGAAAGACCUUGUGGACAUGGGCGGCUUCUACAUGCAUUUAAAGAAGGGCCAAGGCAUUGUCAUUCCUCCUCUCUACAUUGUCGGCUUUGUAAAUUCGUUUCAGCUGAGAAACCCUCCUACUGGGGAGAUUGCAGAGGAGACAGUUGGGAACGCAAAGCCUGGGACAAAUUCAAUCAUGGCAGAACGAUCAUCCUGCGUCAUUGUCUUUGUUGAGUGGCUUCGUGAUUGCAAAGUGACUUCAGAACGUUUGCUGACCGCUUUGAGUUCUCCUAUCUUUGGGCAAGUUCAUGACGGACUUAAAGCAGCUUGGGAGGAACUGGCACAAGAGGCAAUCAACAUCAUCAAUGGAACGCAUGAUGAGAUGACGGAGGAUGCUGCAGUGGAUUCAAGUGCAAGAAAGGAUUGUGACCUUCAUGAGAAGAACUCUGACUCAGCAAAGGAAACAGCAGACAGGAGCAGUAGUCCUACCAAUGCAAAGUCAAAUUCAAGCAGCUCAGGCAAAGCAGCUCAAGAAGCAAAGGGAUCACCCUCUCAAGAACCCAAGGUUGAUAAGGAUCAGGAACAUUCAGAGGCACAUACGCAAAAGGUUCCAGAGCAGCAACAACCACAAGAGAAAACGCAGCAGGAACUUGGACAUCAACACACUGCACAGCAAGAGCCAACAGCAGCAACUAGUGCAAGCCCUGAAGAUGAUCGUGAGCAGCAAACUGCGGAAGCAAAGCCUGAGGAUGGGAACGAGCAGAAGGAAAACAUGUCGUCAACACCACUUCCCACCCCGGAAGCAAAGCCUGAGGAUGAGAACCAUCAGAAGGAAGACAUCCCGUCAACACCCCUUCCCCCCCCGGAAGCAAAGCCUGAGGAUGAGAACAAGCAGAAGGAAGACAUUCCGUCAACACCUCCUCCCGCCCCGCCAUCGCCAGAUACCCCACUGAGGCUCGGAGAGGGGCACCCAGUCAGUCAGCCAGAGGCACCACUGAAUCCAGCCCCUACUACCCCAUUGUUCAGCAGAACGGACACUGGCCUCCCACCUUCUCCUCCAUCACCGGAUGACAUUACCCUGUCACUUCCACCUCCGCCAGAGGCACCGGAGCCAGAACCCACAGAGCCAGAAAAGCCAGAUACCCGUACUUUGUAUCAGAUCAUUGAUGUAGACCCAAGAGCAAACGAUGCAGAACUGAGAAAGGCUUACUUGCAAAGAUCCAAACAGGUGCACCCAGACAAGCAGGCAUCCGGUCAAGCAUCGACUGCGACACUUGAGUUCCAAAAGCUUUCGAAUGCAUACAACAUCCUGUCAAACCCUUCAAAAAGGAUGGAGUACAACUUCACACUGAACAAAGAUCUCACCGCCCCAGCGGCAACAAGCGAGCACGGAGCCACACCGAAGCCCAAGCAAAAGGCGAAGGCAAAAGCAAAACAACGAUUCUCACCAAAGAAAAGAGCCGCCAAAGCAAAACCGUCGCCCAAACCAAAGGCCAAGAACAAGGUAUCACCAAAGAGAAAAGCAAAAGGGAAAGGCUGUGCAAGUUCACCAGCGCCUCCAUCUACACCAGACCAGAAGACGCGCAAGCGAAAGGUCAAGACUCCCCCAGUGCACUUCUACCCAACUUCUGACGGCCAGACUGAAGAGUUCUUUCGAUCUGUGAAGGAGGGUGGUGGUUCAUCAAGUAGUUCAAAAGAUCCUAAGGGGGUAAAGAAAGAUAUGACAAAGAAGAAGGAAAAGUGA